ACAGAACGAGUUUCCGUAGUUAUAGUAAACAUGGCGUCCGACAGUGAUAGCGACGGAGAUUUUGUUACUUUUGGAACCCCAUUAGAACCGCUAGAAGAAGAUGAACCUCUGAGGAAACCUAUCCCGCUACACGAGCAGACCGUCAAGGAUGAGAAGGGACGCUACCAGAGGUUCCAUGGAGCCUUCACUGGGGGAUUCUCUGCCGGGUACUUCAACACCGUGGGCACCAAAGAAGGGUGGACACCAGCCACCUUUGUUUCAUCCAGACAGCAGAAAGCAGGCAGACAGAAUGCCAGGCCAGAGGACUUCAUGGAUGAGGAGGACCUGGGGGAGCACGGCAUCGCCCCCAGACAAAUCACCACUACAGCUGACUUUGCCUCAGGCAGGACGGAUGUGAUCAGGGACAAGGCCAGAGUCAUCACCUCUCUAUCAGCCCCUAUCCCAGGGGACACUGUCCUGGAAGACUUGGUGGCUCCAGCUAGGUCCUCCAUGGGGGUGGAGUUACUGAGGAAGAUGGGCUGGAAGGACGGCCAGGGGGUUGGGCCCAGGGUGAAGAGGAGGCUGUGCAGGCAGAAAGCAGAUUCAAGGGUGUUCGGCUCGGCCUCGCCUCCCAACGGUUCGUCAGAAUCACAGGAUGAGGAGGACGGAGAGUUCGUCCCUGACAACGUGACCUUCGCUCCUAAAGACGUGACUCCUAUAGACUUCACCCCUAAAGUGGACCGUCACGGCCUGGGGUACCGGGGUCUGAACCCGCUGGCGGCCCUGAGGGGAGGUCCGGGCGCUGGACACAUCAACCUGUUCACCAUGGACUCAGACAGGACCAACAACCUGUUUGGAGAGGACAAGAAGGGACAGAAACGCAGAGGAGGAGUUGCAGGACAGGGGUUUGGUGUGGGUGCGAUGGAGGACGACGACGACGACAUCUACCACAGAGACAUCAUGUCUAACUACGACACGGUGCUGGGAGGGGAGGAGCCUGGGGACGGCCUGUACGGAUGGACCGCCCCUCAGCAGUACAACAGGAAGAAGAAAGACCACAGUAAAGACGCUGCUUAUCUGGGUAAAAUCCUAGAAGGAUUCACCUUGUCCUCCGAUAAGAUAGAGGCCAAAACAAUCUUCCCUCCUCCCAACCUGCCCAGAGACUUCAGGCCGGUCCACUACUUCCGUCCCGUGGUGGACAUGUCCAGCGUCAGCCCCAUGGUAGCCCAGGCCCUGAAGACGUCUCGGGGACACAUGACCCAGGAAGAGCCCUCUAAGGGGGGACGCCACCAGCUGGACUCUGCCCAGAGGCGAGAGCUGCUAGGGGAGGCUGCACUGCAAGGCCCCAGCUCUGUGUUUGAUCUGCUGAAGGCUGAGGACAGAGAGAGACUCUCCGGCCUCCGGAGGCCCUCCUCAGAUACCAGCUCAGGCCCCAGACAGCCCACCCCUGGGGAGACCAGAGCAGCUGUGGUGGCUGCAGGGGUGGCGGCUGCAGCAGCCAGAGCCUCCGCCCAGAAGGCCCUGUCUAGCAGGUUCUCACCCCAAGCAGAGCUGCAGCAGGAAGCUCUGAGUGUGUGGAGCGGUCCUACAGCCCAGGCCCAGACAGGACAGACCUUCAAACCCUUUGAGAGGACCCCUCAUAAACAGGCCCGAUACGACCUCUACAUAGACCAGCUCAAACAGGGAGACAGAGAUGCCCUGGAGUUGAGCUUGGACCCCACCAUGACGGAGUGGGAGAGAGGGAGAGAGAGGGACGAGUUUGUCCGUGCUGCUCUCCUCUACAAGCCCAGCAACUCCUCUCUGUCCGGUCGCUUCACCAGAGCGAAACAGGAUGACGGUGUGGAGGCAGACGCUGUGGAGGUGACACGAGAUCAGGAGAAUGAUGUGGACGACAAGCAGGCAGCCGUGAAGAUGAAGAUGUUUGGAAAACUGACCAGAGACACGUUUGAAUGGCACCCUGACAAACUGCUCUGCAAGAGAUUCAAUAUACCUGACCCCUAUCCUGGGUCAGGGUUUGUGGGAAUGCCCAAAGUGAAGAGAGACAAGUUCUCUGUGUUUAACUUCCUGACUGUAUCAGAGAGUCCAACAGCUAGUGCUUCCCCCGCUCCACAAGCUGUGAAGCCCUCUGAGCCAGGGAAGAGGUCCAGGUGGGAUGUGUCUGGCCAGGCUGGGGACAAGGAGAGGAAGGAGAAGGAUCCGGUCAGUGAGUUCCUCAGUGUGGCUCGUAUUGAAGCCUCUGGGUCAGGACCAGACACCUCUACUACUGAUGACCCUACAACGGAUCCUACUGGAGAGCCAGACACGGAGAAGAAAGACGAGGUGGAGGAGGAGGAGGAGAACAGGCCACCUAUGGAUCUGUUCAAGGCCAUCUUCGCCAGUUCUUCAGACGAGAAGUCUUCCUCUUCUUCUGAAGGAGAGAGUGAGGAGGAGGAGAAGGAGGAAGGUGUCCGGAGCAAGGCUGGGACCGGGCCUCAGAUAUCUAACCAGUUGAAUGUCAACACACCCCUACCUGCUCCUCCCGUGUCUGUGUCGGCGACACCCGGCCUGCACCCAGACGUUGUGUUCAAAACGCCCAGUGGUCCUGCCCCUCCCCCUCGGGACCAGGAAAUGGGAGAGGAGGAGUUUGGUCCUCGGCUGCCUCCUGCUUCCUCUACAUUGACAGCAGAGCGCCGUCCGUCCCCAACUCCCUCUGCUAAGGACGACAAACACAAGAAGAAGUGUAAGGAGAAGCACAAAGCCAAGAAAUACGGCAAGCACAAGAAGGACAAAAAG